ACUGCUCCACCCUCUCAUUCCCUCUCUUCCAAACUCUUGUUCAGCACGAAUACUCCAGACUCUCGUUAACACUUGUGAUCCAUUUAAACUGUCGUAAGCAUUGGAACUACAAGAUGUUGGCAACCCUUGAAACCAUUCAAUACUUUCAAGACCUGGGCCCCAGAGAGCUAUCAUCAGGAAAUGUGGACCUUGACGUCAUUGAGGAGUACCUGCAGGAGCACUUAGUGGAGGUGAUGUCAGGACCAUGUGUUCAGAGGAGAAGUGAAGAGCAGCACAGUAUGGCAGAGAACAGCUGGUCUGGUCACUAUGCAUAUGAGUGGCAUUAUGGUGGAAUAUCAGGUACAGACGAGACACAUGAACAACAGCCACAGCAGCAAAAGACCUGGCUCUGUCAGUUCAGUCCCAAUGAAUGGGGACACUGUCAGUAUGACAGGAACCAGUGCAGUGAUUCAGACUCCCUAUCCACCAGUUCUGGUUGCCAUGAAUUUCCACCAUCUCCGGCCACAGACAGGAAGGGACAGAUUGUGUGUGAUUCCUUGGCUGUGGCGCCACUUUCAGGUAAAAGGAAAGAACGUCUGUUUCAGUUCUUAUAUGAGAUGCUACAGACACCAGAUAUGCGGAGCUGCAUUUGGUGGGUCCAGUCCAGCAACGGCACAUUCCAGUUCUCCUCUCAGAACAAGGAGAAGCUGGCAGAAAUGUGGGGCAGACGCAAGGGAAACCGCAAGACCAUGACGUACCAGAAAAUGGCUCGAGCUUUACGAAACUACUCACGAACUGGAGAAAUCUGCAAAGUGAAGCGUAAACUCACCUAUCAGUUUACUGAGAGAACACUGAGAGGGCUUCAGAACAACUCUCAAAGAUUUGUGGCUAGUUAAUGUGGCGUCCAUCCAAGUCAGUUUCUCUUAACUGGGAAAGUGUAAACAAAUACUGAGUAUUUUAUAGAGGAUGGUUUUGCCUCUCUAACAUGAUGUAAUUUGGGUAUAUGCACACUGAUUCUCAAAUUAUAUUUGGCAAUUAGGGCUAAAUCAAAAAAGAUGUAAUUGUGAGUAAUGUAGAAUCUUAAUUAGUUAAUGUCUGAAAUGGCACAUGAAGGAGCUGAAGGUGAUCUCUGAUAUAUUUAAAUCUGAGGAUUGUUGAGCUUUACACUACUACGUUAUAUGUAGUUUUGAAUCUGUUUUGUGUUUGUUGUUGUUGUUUUGAUCAAAUGAGUGCCAAUUUUUGUCAUUCAAAUACACCCAAUGUGCCUGAAUAAAACUGAC